CGGCCGGGCUCCCCGCCCCGCGGGCAUAAGAAGCCAGCGCGUCCCCGCGGUGCCGGACACGCCGCAUCGCUGUGACACAGCCCCGCCGCAGCAGGGAGAGCCCCUGGCAGCAGAGUUUUGGUUUCUUGUGACCUUCCCCCCGAAGCCAGGGCUGCUGCCAGUGCUUCCCAGCAGAAUGCCUUGAACGGUCCGACCUUGCUGAUCCAUGGGUGGAGCCCCGGGGUGGCCGUGCUUCCCAGUCAAUAGGAAUUCCUGGAGCUUGCCCAGGCUGGUGCUCCCAGCGUCCCCUCUGACCUCAGGGCCGCGCCACGACCAUGUCUGAGCUGGAGAAGGCGAUGAUCGCCAUCAUCGAUGCCUUCCACCAGUACUCCGGGAAGGAGGGAGACAAGCACAAGCUGAAGAAAUCGGAACUGAAGGAGCUCAUCAACAACGAGCUGAGCCACUUCCUCGGGGAAAUCAAAGACCAGGAGACUGUGGACAAAGUCAUGGAGGCACUGGACUGCGAUGGGGAUGCAGAGUGCGACUUCCAGGAGUUUGUGGCCUUCAUUGCAAUGGUCACUGCUGCUUGCCACGAGUUCUUUGAGCAUGAGUGAAGUGGUGGGAAGCAGGUGAGCCCUUCUGCUCAUGCUGGAGAGAGGCAAGGCAGCAUUGCUCCUCCAGGAAAAGGACUGGCCGUGAUUACAGACCCCUUAGAGUUCAGCUUGCGCUAGACUUAAGCAGCUUAUUAAAAGUGCUGUGGCUUUGUGAACAAGGAGCACUUGUGUGGCUCAGGAAGGGCUCUUGGCUAGUGCCCAUUGGGCUGGGUGCAGUGAGAGAGUGCCUUGCCUCAAGCUCCUUCCCUGCUGUUUUAAGUCAGGAAUUUGCAUGGGGCUGGAAGCAGAGGAAUGCUGUGAUCCAAGCUCACAUGCAAAGGCAAAAAGGAAAUUCAGGAGUUGAAGGAAAAGAUGAUGCAGAGGGGCUGGUUUUGGAAACUUGCUGCUGAGCCCACUGGCCUGAAGGGGAAGGCUCCCAGUGAUUCCUGUGGGCUCCAGGCAUGGCAUUAGAAACCAGCUCCUGUCCCAUCACAGCUGCUCAGCAGAGCCCACCCAUUUCUGGUACAUUGAGACGCCCUUGGCUUGCAAGGCAAAGUGUAACAAUCUAAAAGCAUAACCAUCUGACAGCUGAGGCUUUUCACUUGUUGAUCAUUCCUGCUUUUAGCAGCCUGCAGAACUGGAAGCAACAGCAUAUGAGGCUCCUGCACUGGGUCAGCUCCUGGGCCUGGGAUAUGCCUUGACAAGGUGUCCAGGCUCAGUGAGAAGGGAAGUGGGAGUGGCCCAGUGUGACCACAGACCAGGCACAGCCUCUUGAGUCUGUGGAAAUGAUAAGGAAUAAAACGUUGGUUUGGCCUCUGGUGAAAAACGUGUCCUUUUGUGCCAGGCUACUCUGCACUGAGAGAGAAAGGCUGGGGGAUCAACUCUGAAGCACUGCUACAGCCCAUGCCCCUGGGGUUCUUGUUGGGCAUCGACCCCUCUUCUCUUUCCUGGUGUCAUUGUGACUGGCCAGACAACCACGAUUGUCACAGCACCGAGUUCCAGCUGGCUGCCCACACUGCCAGGUGUACCUGCCAGGACAAAGGAACACAAGGGCCCUCUGCAGGAUGUCACUGCUGCUGUUGGGGUCAUCCAGGGGCUUGCAGUGGUGAGCCCUUGCAAAGUCUCAGCUAAACCCAGGACAACCCCCCCAAGGCCUAUGCUUUGCUUUUUCAGUGUGCACCUGCCAUCCAGCUCAGCAACACCUGGGAGUUCACCCCAGAAUAAAUCUGAAACAUUCUGCUUCAACAGCAUUCCCUCAGUGUACUGAGGGCCAGUGACAGCAGCAUGUUAGUUCAGGAGACAGAGCUUGGCAUUGCCUGGUCAGUACAUUUUAUACUCCCACUAAUCAGGUAAAAAUCCACCAACCAACCAACCUAAAAAUGGUCCUUAUACCUUCAGUGCAAGCUGGGAUUUCAAUGUCACACUCAUUCAAUGUAAGAUGAAUUACAGAUUUUUGAAUCCUGUCCUCCUUAGUUUUGAGAAAUAUGAGUUCAGUUGCUUUGGCAUUGAAAUCCAGCGUGCUUUAAACAUGUCCCACUCAGCACUUUCUGCAUGUGAGGCACAAUGCCUGGCUGGAAUUAAAAGUGAGAAAAACAGCAAAGGCUCCAAGAUGCCAUUGUCUUGUUAUGUGCAGUGCUUUUAAACACAAAACACAUUUUGCAGGAUCAGUUCUUGUUUGUUUCCUAAAUCUGCUGUCAGUACAAAUGGUUCCUCUGAGUGCCUCACCUCUCUUGCCUUUUCAAACAAAACACUUGCCUUCUUUUAACAGACUACAACUUAAUUUACUUCCACAAACAAGGGUCUAAGUAAAAGCAGGUGGUCUGGUCAGGAACCCUUGAAACUCUGGGUUAAAAAACCUCCCAGGGCUCUUUUCCAAGAUGGAAUGCCCUGUAACCACAGAGUGUUCUGCACACUGUGAGCUGAUUGUGGGCCCAGCAGUCUGACCCAUCUGCUGCACCUCAAAGUGUUUGCACUGAACUUUGUGUCAGAGAAAGGAAACCACUUGGAAGCACACUUGGGAGUAAUGCUGGCGCAGCACAUCAUUUUUUCUGGAUAGAAGUUAAACAAACACCCUACCUACCAUAAGCCACAUUGCAAGAGGGACAGGAAGAGUUCUUUUGGGGAUUUUUUUACAGCCUUUCCAAACUGCUGCAGCUGUUACAAGUGACAUAAUUAAAAAAAUUUUGUUUUAUUAAAUUUUGUUUUAAUUAAUCCUAAUUAUAUAAGUAUAUUAAUUAUAAGCAGUACGUUAGUCUUAUAUCAUUUUAAGCCAGCAUUUGGCAAAGUUGUCAAAGGUUACUUUUAUGGGAACACAGCUUGGGAAAAUUUCUGACACAUUAAGUUUUGAUAAACUAAAUCUGAUAUGCUUCAAUGAACAAGGCCUGGGAGAGAAAGAUGCAUUGUUGAAGCUGGACAUCUGGAAUGCAGAAUUUAGGGACUACAAGGACAUUUUGCAGAAACCAGAAGAGACUAACAAAGACUGUGUCUGUGUGUUGAAAAGUCCCUACUGGAGAAAACAGAUACUAAAACCCCUAAAAAUAUGGCCUAAUUAGCAUGAACAGUGAGGAAUCAAUAAUCAACAGAGGACAGUAUACUAAUGAAUGAAAUAUAAUUAUGCAAUUUAGAACCAAUGAACAUUAAUUUGUUUGCUAAAAAUGUAGAAAUAGGUGGAAAAGUUUUGUAUCAGUGCCUGUGUAGAGGCUGGAAUUUUGUCAGCCAUUUACAAACCCUGGCCAGGAAUAAAGAACUGCCUCACUCUCCAGCGCUACAAAGACACUAUUAGAGGGCAUGAGGACACAUUUUUGUCCUUGCACAUUUUUCCCUGUGAGACAUCUAUCCAGAUCUUCCAUCCUUGUGAGGCUGCAAUGUGCAUGGUGGUACUUCGAGCUGAAAAGGGCUGCGCAGAGAGCACUGUGCUCUACCAGCUUCCUGAAGGUUUUAAAAGAAAGGGGGCUUCCCCUUGAAUGUGGUGCAAAUGCAAGUUUAGACAACAUUUCACAAGUUUCACCAGUUUCAGGGGCAAACUCUGGGCAAGCUUUGUGUCCUGGCACAGCUCUCUGUGCUGGGCGCAGCGUCCCGGCCGUGAAAGGAGCGUGGCUGCCCCUGGCCUGCCAGCCCAAUUCACAGUCCUAAGCUGGCAGUCUUGAGGGUAAAGUUAAACAAGAACUACUUGUGCUGCUACCUAUUCCUCUUCCAGCCCCCCUGUGGAAACAACUGCACCUACCUUAAGGCUCUGAGAUCCAGAGAACACAAUGGUAGAGGCAGCAGGGAAGGGAAGGACAGAGUGCACCUGUGAGUUUGAUGUGGCUUAUAUGGGACACGUGGGAGGUGCAGCCUGUGAAUAUCAGGUUGCACAGGGAAGAAGGUAGGUUGGCAAGUGCCUUCUGUCCUGGCACAUCUGUCAGUCAGGACUGCAGCUGCAAACACUUCGCUCUAACAAUGGACUCUGCCACUUUGAGAGAACAUGCUAAUACUAUAUAUAUAGUUUAGAAGGAAAAUGUGAAUCACUAGUGUGUUUUGUCUAGCUUACAGACUGCAAAGGGACUAUGAAGGCCAGCAGUGGCUUUUUGUUGUAGGACUUUUUCUUUGCGAGCAGCUGCUGGACAUUUUGAAGGGGUUUGGGAUCUGCGAGAGUUGGAGUGCAAGAUGGCACACAGAUCUUGAGGGAAAGUGCCUAUCUCCAGGGAGCUGGAUGCAGUUCAGAGGGUGUGAGUUACAUGUUGAGCAGCUGAUGGCACAGAAAAGGUUCUAAAAGGAAGAGGCCGUGCUGCAAUUGCCUUUUAUUUUGCAGCCUCUAAACUGCACAGCCAACACAACCACACGAUAGCGCUGUCGACUCACAAAACAGGAACAUGCACUGAGCUCAGCUCAAAACCACCCCCAGGACACAGCCAAGUCAGAAACGUCCCCGCUCUCAAAUCAGCUCUGUCAGGACAAAAAGGUUUGGCUGAUCUUCCCCUUCCAAGAACAAACUCUUCCUUGCAGCACACUCAAAUGGCAACAAGAACUCCUCUGCCCUAACAAACCUUUUCACUCUUGCUGAGUCUGGUAACAAACUUGAAAACAUCUGCCAAAAGCAGGGCUCACGAAAGUGUCAGUGGAGAAAGCUUUUUACUGCCUACAAUUUCAACUGCACCCAUCAAACUACAAACACUCACCCUGUAUCACCAUUUUCCUUCUCAGCUCUAGGUACCAUCCUAAACCUUCAGUCUCAGAGUCAGGAUCCAAAUGGAAUGGCACCAGGGACUGCUCCCACACUAAAGCUACAAGGGACAAAAACUCAACAGAUUGGCCUCUGCAUUCCCACUGACAGUUCAACAGCUCUAACCCAGAGAGCUGCAUAUUGGGAAAAGCCUUCAAAUUCACUGAGACCACCCAAAGUGCCCCUCCAAAUUUGCUUUCUUUGCCAACAAGAGCAACAAGAACUCCACCUCAAAAGAAAUGGCAUCCCCUCCUCCAAAAUCCAAACCAUCCAGGGACUGAUCCCCUACCAAGGUGUCAGAACACUGGUAUUGGGCAUUACCUGUCCAGGACACUUGAUCAGCUGCACACCAAGACAUAGUGCAGCUGCUUACCUUGUCCAAAAGAAGUGUGCUGGCAGAAUUUCAAGAAGAUUACCUCUGAGAAGUGGAAAACACAUGCCAAAUUGAGUCUUUCAGGAAGGAGACUGCCUUUCAAAGAUGGGUACCAACUCCAUGAUUGAGUCAGUCCUUCCAAACCAAAUGUGCCAGGAGAUAAAGCUGCUGUUUCCCUUAAGCUGCACAACACAGCUUCUGAUCUGCACCUCCAACACUGGGGCUUCUUGCUUGCCUUCCCAUAAGAAAGCAUUGCCAUUCUCAUUCAGGAACUUACCAAGCACAAGUUGCAUACCACAUCCAGCAUUGAAUAUGUCCAACAAUGGCUCCUACCAGAAAUGUCUUGCUGGACUACAGCAUGCCCUUAGCUUCUCAGCACUAUGCAGCCCGGUGUUCUGCCUCUCUUGUCAUCUGAAUCUAACUGAAAACACUUUUAGCACAGCAGCACGAUCUGGGCGAAGAGAAGGAGACAUGAAGCACAUGUUUUUGUCCUGGAACAUUUCUGUGUGAGGCUUCUGUUGGGAUCUUUAAUCCUUAUGAAGCUGUAAUGUGCACAGUGGUCCUUUAGGCUGAUCCCUGUGGCCUCAGUGCCUACUGACACCUUCAGUGUUGGUUAUUUCAAGCUGCUGGACAUGCUGGUGCUGCUGUUUCUGCUCGUGCUUUUCCUUUUCACUAGUGCUUCCUCCCUGGCAGUCAUCAGCCCGGAUCUGGCAUCAGGCCUUUCUGUCCAGCUGGUGCCUUCUGCAAUGUCUCCCAAGGGUAUGAAGUUCAGUGGCUGUCCAGCUGCAAACCAAGCAGGAACAUGGCCAGUCUGUGCCUGGAGCUGGAGCCCAGAGGCCUGGAAAGGCUCAGCCAUGCAUGGAGCAUGGAGCAGCAGUGACAUCCUAACAGCCCUGCCCUGCCAGCCCCAUGGCAGGGAUGUCAUACCUGACACAGUGACGACAGCAUUGCAGCUUGGCAGAGGCUCAAAACACAGGAAUUUCAGGACCAUCCAAGUUUUACAACUGCUUUACCUGCAAAGCAAUUGCGGUGAGGUUUUGCAGAAAAAAGCUCUUAAUGCAUUAAAUUGUCUAUAAUAUGAGUGAGAACUAUGCUAAGCCAAGGUUUUGACUUAACAGCUUAAGUUUCAACAUUCAUCAAGUCACAUUGUCAAGAGCUGUUCUGAAAUGUUUAAUAAGCUUUUUGUUUUAAGAUUUACUUUACAAGGCAACUUGUAUCACUUUCAUCAGUAUCUCAAUACAAAAGUCUUACAAUGCUUUGUUUGCUAAAAAAAAACCUACAACAUGGAACUGGGGGUCAGGGAGUUGUCUCCUUUUGCCAGCUGUUUUGGGAGGAGGGGUGUCCCACAGCCUGCUGCUGGAGGCUGCUGGACUCAAGCAAUAAGUUACACAAGUUCUGUACAUAAUUACAGUCAGAGUAUGCAGCUGUAUUAUACACCACAGGUAAACACCAUCAGGGCCUAUAACUACUAUAAAGGAGAGCUUUUUCUUGAAGAUUUCAGAGUUUAUUUGACCAUGGAUAAAUCUGUUCUAUCAGGGGACUGACAUCCAUCUUUCGUAGGCACCGAUCCAGGCAGAAUUGCCUUGCAGAAAAAAACUGGCUCUUUUGCAAACUUGUGCAGCAUUUUAAAAAAAAUUAUGUAGCUCUCAAGUCUUUAACAAAUUUAUAAAAAUAAUUAUUUGCUACUCUUGUGCCUACCUUCAAACACAGAAUUACUUUAAUAACUUCAUAUUCUCUUUCUGCAUUAGGUUCGCUGCAGUAUUAGAUCAGGCAGAAACUUCAAAAUCUUAAUUAGUCCAACUGUGACUCAACCAACUGGAUAUUUUAGCCAGAACAAAAGAGUUUAACUACAACUCCAAAGAAAACAAAGGAAGCUUGUACCACAGCAGCUCAAGCUAACUAACACUGAAUGGGUUUU